AUGCGCCGUACGUUUAAUGCACUGAGCCUUAUGGCAUUUCGGAGUGUUUGGUGUGCCAGCCAGGCGCUUGCGGCACCGCGUGCCCCUGGGGUAGCUUUGGUGCAAUCUCGCACGGCGACGGGCCUAUUUUCUAAUUGGAUCUCGACCCAACAGCGUUUUACCCAUGAUACGGCCCUGUCGGACGCCACGCGACGCGAGAUGGAGGAGGAAUUAAGCCGUAGCGGCAAGCCCGAGGAGCCCAAACCCCCGCUGGGUUGGCGCGUCGAGCACACUCCCGGCCGGCGCACCUUUGAGCUUUCCAAAAACUAUGAGGAUGAAAAGCUGUUGGUGUACUAUUACCCUAAGGAGGAUGGGGGCGACUCCAACAGUCACCAAAUUAUGGUCCAAGUCACUCGCAAUAAUCAGGCAAUGCAGGUGGAUCUUAGCAUUGAAGAGGGGGAGCUGGUCUUGGACAAUAUCCGGUUUUAUCCUAAUUCAAAACUAGCCGAAGAUGAGAGCGCAGAGGGAGAAAUGAAGCGCAAUCAGCUAUACCCGGGUCCGAAACUCAGUGAGUUAGACGACGCGCUUGUGGACAGCUUUAUUAGCUACCUGGACAAACGUGGGGUAAAUGAGGAGCUGGGCGAGUUUGUCAUCCUUUACAGUUUUUGGAGCGAACAGCAGGAGUAUGAAAGAUGGCUGAGCUCUAUUAACAAGUUUGUGUCUUAA